AUGUGGGAGGAGCAGGAGCAGAAGCAGGAGCAGCAGGAGCAGGAGCAGCAGGAGCAGCAGGAGCAGGAGCAGCAGGAGCAGCAGGAGAAGCAGGAGCAGCAGGAGAAGCAGGAGCAGCAGAGUGAUCCGUCUUCGCAAAGACCUCAGGUCUCGGGCUCUUCUCUCUUAGAGUCGGCUGGCUCGAAGCAGAUCAGCAGCGCGCAAGUCAGCGAACAAGAACAUCUGACCAUGAUAGAUCGCUUCCUCAAUGACCUAUCCCAUGACAAGCUCGCACAAGAUGACUUGGAAUUGCCCCGAGAAUCGCCCAUCCCUCAUGCAGCAGACCAGAAGCUGAGAUGGGCGGUGCGGGAAUGCGACAUGAAAGUGGAGACUCUGAGGUGGAUAGAGUAUGAUCUGGUGACGAUCAUCGACAGAGUCAGGGAUGAUCUCAAGGAGAUUGAGUUCUGGAGGACUGCGUCGGACGAGGAGGUGGCGUUUGCCAGGAGGAGAGUUAGGGGAGACAAAACGGCCAUAGGGGCAGGCAGUCCUUCCCGCGCAAAGAAGUCGCCUCAGCCAAAGUUGGCCAAGAAUGUGGAUGGAGCAGUAGAGCAUGAGAAGGAAGCGAAGGAGGAAGACGCAAACGCGCACGAGGAGGACAAGGAGCUGAGUCAGAUGAUGCGAUAUGGAGGAGCUUCGCGGAUAGAGUUACAGGUUCAAGUAGCAGCCUUGAAACGACAACUCCACGACGAAUCUAAGGCUCGUGAUGAGGCUGAACGAAAUGCGAAGCGUUUCAAGGAAGAGCUGGACAGAAUGAUGCACGCAGCUCUGAAUGUUGAGAUGCCCGAUUCAGUUGAGAAAUUUGAUGAAGGAAAAACGGAGUCGAUCGCAGAUCAAAACGUGAGGCUGAAAAAGGAAAAGGAUGUCCUCUUGAAAGAAUUGGCGAUAGCCAGGCAGCUCUUCAAAGAUGCAGAGGUGGUUUUGACUUUCGACUUCCUUUCCUUAGUGACGGUUACGAAGUAUCAACUCCGUAAGAGGAAUCAGGAAGCCGUCAACGAUGGAAGAACGAUCUCCCACCUACAGGAAAAAGUUGCCCGCCUGCAACAGGCAAUAAGGGAAAAGAAUGCACAGGUGGAAGAAGCGGCGGCAAGUCAACGAGCCAUGUCAAAUGCGCCUUCGUCAACAAGAUCUAACAUGAACCCGCAACUGGCCAAGAGACUGCCGUCACCGUCGACAGAUCUCUUCACUCCCAAGGUCGAAGGCAGACCUCCGCUGCCCUUGGAUUCAGAAACCAAGGGCACCGUCACGUCGAACAGCUGGUUUCAAUUUGACCCUCUUGGCUCUGUGAAGAAGGCUCCUUUCAACCCUCUCGAAUCUCUCAUUCCCGGGCAUGACAAAGAGUUCUUCGGUUUCUCAUUGAGCAAGUGA